AUGGCGGCCUUUAUUGAAGUUGGUAUAUGUAUUUUGGAGACGAUUUUUUAAAUUUCGUAAUUAAAAUGGAAUUAUUUCGAGAUUUUUCGAUAUAUUUUACGAAAUAAGAUUUAUUUGGGAAAAAAAAAGAGGGGACCCACGUUCUAACCUAACCUACGUAGAUAUUAGUGAAAUAAUGCAACGUGCAAUAUUUAGAAAUUGUUUAUGGCAGAAGACUUGUCCUUCUUGCUACUUCACUUAUCAGGUGAACAAACAUUCAAGAUUGUUAUCUGCUGCUUUUCCAAUUCAAUAUUCUGUGAAAGCAAGUAACUAUGUUGUGAAGCAUCCCUCUCCCCCUAUUUAUGUGUCAUCAUACCAUUCAGAUUAUUUUCACACUAGAUUGGUGUAUCCAGUUAUUGGUUAUCGAAGUUUGCAUUUAACUCAAUGGACCAAAGAGAAAGAAUCAUCUAAAGUAGAACAAACUGUCAAGGCUUUAAAAACUGAAAAGACUAAACAGGAAAGUUCCCCCGUCCUGACAGAUGAAGUUAAAUUGGCACAAAUUCCACCAAAACGAUCACUUUUGAAAAGAAUUGUAGAUGAAAUAAUACAUUAUUAUCAUGGUUUUAGAUUGUUGCUUAUAGAUAUUAAAGUAUCAACAAGAUUAGUGUGGAAAAUACUUAAUGGAGAAGAUCUUUCUAGAAGAGAACAUAGACAGCUUGUUCGCACUGUUUCAGAUUUAUUUCGAAUUUUGCCUUUUUCUGUAUUUAUAAUUGUUCCUUUUAUGGAGAUAUUGCUUCCUGUUGCAAUCAAAUUGUUUCCUAAUAUGUUACCAUCGACAUUUGAAACAAGAUCUGAAAAGGAAUUGAAAAUGAAGAAAGAAUUAAAAGUAAAAUUAGAAAUGGCAAAAUUUCUUCAACAUACAUUAGAUGAAAUGGCAUUACACAGAAAAGGUGAUAAACAUUCACACACAGCAAAAGAAUUUGCACAGUUUUUUGAAAAUAUUAGAACAACAGGAAAGCAGGCUACAAAUGAAGAAAUAAUGAAGUUUUCAAAGUUAUUUGAAGAUGAAAUAACGCUUGAUAGUUUAGAUAGACCUCAAAUAACAGCUCUUUGCCGUUUGUUGGAAUUACAACCAAUUGGCACAAAUAAUUUUCUUCGAUUUCAACUUAGGAUGAAAUUGAGAAGUUUGAGAGCUGAUGAUCAGAUGAUUAAAAAAGAAGGAAUUGAAACACUUACUGUGCCUGAAUUACAAGCUGCUUGUAGGUCUAGAGGUAUGAGAGCUUUAGGAAUGCCUGAAGAUCGACUUAGAUCUCAAUUACAGCAAUGGCUAGAAUUAAGCUUAAAUGAGGAGAUACCUCCAUCUCUUCUUCUUCUAUCACGGGCAUUAUAUCUUCCAGAAAAUCUUCCAGCAACAGAACAACUUAAAGCUACAAUAUCCACUUUACCAGAUGUUGCUGCAACUGAAGCAAAACUGAAAAUUGGUGAAACUGAAGGUAAAGUAGACAAUAAAACUAAGAUUGAGGUAAUUAAGAUUGAAGAAGAAGCAAUUAAGAGAGAAAAAGAAGAAUUGAAACAAGAAGAGAAAGAAAGACUAGAAAAAGAAGCUCUUGCCAAAGUAGAAGAGAAGAAUAUUCAAGGAACUAUAGAAUUAACUGAUGCAAUGAAAUCAACUCAGAAACCACCUUUAAUAGAUAUUUUGCAAGAUGCAGGACCUAUACUUGAAGAUAAAGCAGUAGAAAUUGAGAAACCUGAACUUAAAAUUAUUGAAGAAAAAGAAGAACUUUCUAAAGAAGACUUUGAUAAUUUAGAAGAUGCUAUAGAAAAAAUAGCAGAAGAAAAAAGACGACUUUUAAUUGAAAAAGAAGAAUUAGAAGAUUUAAAAGAAGAAAUGGCUGAUUAUAAAGAAGACAUUGAUGAAUUUAAAGAAGUUAUUUUAAAGACUGGAUUAAAAGAUUUAAAGGAAUCAAAAGCUUCAACUAGACUUUAUAGUCAAGUAAACAAAAUGAUAACAAAAAUGGAUAAUGUAUUGGAUGAACUUAGCAAAUCAAGGAAAACUCUACAGGAACAAAUAGACAGUAAAGUUAAAGAAGGCAUCAGUAUUGAAGAAGAAAGGGACAAUAUUAUUAGUAUUAAUGAACUGGUUUUGGCAAUUCGAAGAAUACAGAAAAUAUCUGAUGACACUCGUCUUCAGAGAAUAGCAGAUGUUUUAGAGAAAAUGGAUGAAGAUCAUGAUGGAGCUGUUGAAAUUGAAAAUGUAUUAAAAGUAAUUGAACUCAUAGGUAAAGAAAAUGUUAAAGUUACUUCAACUCAAAUGAAUGAUAUUUUAGAAAUGUUAAAAAAGGAAGAAAGCUUGGAAACAGCUGAAAAAUUAAGAAAACAACAAGAACGCCAAGCAGAAAAUUUGAAUGAUCUAACACAAGAGACAUUAGAUAAGUCAUUUCAGACCAAGCAAGACCAAAAACUGUAAAUGAAUAAAUUUUAAUAUAAAUAGAAUAAUU